AUGGCAUUGGCAUCUCCUGCGUCGCCCUCGCCCAUUGUCAUCCAGAUGCCUCCACUGACCAGCGCCGGGACGGCCACUACCACGCCCAAGGACGCCGGCGACUUCGCCACCGCGCCCACACCUUCGGGACCUAAAGCCACGGCGACGGACAAGGUCAUGUCGAGCGCUGCGAACCUCGCACAGCUCCUGCCCACCGGGACGGUUCUGGCGUACCAGGCGCUGGCCCCCUCCUUCACCAACCACGGCAAGUGCGAGAACACCCCCGCCAACCGGUGGCUGACCGCGGCCCUAGUCGCCGUUCUCGCCACCUUUUCCCUCGUCUUCUCCUUCACCGACAGCGUCGUCGGCCCCGACCAGAAGCUCUACUACGGCAUCGCCACGCCGCGCGGCUUCAACGUCUUCAACUUCUCCAGCGAGGAGGAGAAGCAGCAGUGGGAUCCCUCUGAGUUCCGGAGGCUGCGCGUCAGGCUGCUCGACUACAUUCACGCCGUCUUUACCGCCAUGGUUUUCCUCACCGUGGCGCUCAGCGACGUGGGGCUGCGAAACUGCUUCUUUCCCAAUGCCAGUAGGAACACGGAGGAGCUGCUCAAGAACCUGCCGCUGGGCAUGGCGUUUUUCUCCAGCUUCGUGUUCAUGAUCUUCCCCACAAAAAGGAAGGGCAUCGGCUACACAGACACCGCUCCUCCGAAGAAGGUCGUCACUUAG